UCUGAAGAGGAAGGCGCUGCUGGACGGCGGUCUCCUAGUUGUUGUUGACUGCCUUCAAGUUGACCCCAACUCAUGGCAACCCUAUGGAUGAGGCAUCUCCAAGACGCUCUGUCCUUCACUGCUCUGCUCAGGCCCUGCAGGCUCAUGUCCACGGCCUCUUAUUGAAUUCAGCAAUCUGGCACGUCCUCUCUUUCUACUGCUCUUGAGUCAUGCCUUCUCAUGAUGUGGCCAGAAUACGACACUUUUAAACUCUGUGCAUAUUUUUGUUUUUGCCAGCCACCCUUGAGAGGAUCCUGAUGCACGGUGACCCUGUGGAUGAAACAUCUCUGAAAACCCCUAUCCUCAGCCAUCUCCUCAGGGCCUACAGGCUCAGGCCCACUGUGAUCUCACUAAUCAGUUCCAUCCAUCAGGUAGGUGGUGCUGGAAUACCUGCUGUAUGGAAUCUUGUUCUGUAAUAUGGGGGACGAGGAAGGACUGCAUCAGACACAAUUAUUGGACACAAUGUUUGUACGUGGACUGAAAAGGAAGUGCAUUGAUGGAGAGGAAGAUAUUGAAGGAACGUUAGCUGGCUUUAAAGCUAUUCCUUCAUAUAACCUUCAGCGUCAGUCACUGCUAGACAUGUCUUUGGUUAAACUUCAGCUUUGCCACAUGCUUGUUGAACCGAAUCUAUAUCGCUCAGUGCUUAUAGCCAAUACGGUACGGCAGAUCCAAGAGGAAAUGACCCAGGAUGGAACUUGGCAGAUGAUAAAUGCACAGAAUUCAGGGCCAUCCUCUCUGGACCGUUUAGUUUCGACAGAUAUUCUUUGUCGUUCCUCGAAGGAACAAGCUGAAGAAAAGUUUGUUCAAAGUUAUAGUGGCUUCUCAAAAGACUUUGAGGAUGCAGAAACACAAGAGAGUGCAGAAAUUUUAAGACCGCCACUACAAGCUCCCAGAAACCUACAGGCUAAUGUGUGGGAAAUGGAGAGCCCUCCAGAAAAUAGAGGAAACUUCCAUAAAUCUUUAGAUCAAAUCUUUGAAACCUUAGAGACAAAAACUCCUGACUCUGUUGAAGAUCUUUUUUCAGAAGUUGACAGUUCAUAUUAUAAUCUUGACACGGUAUUAACAGGAAUGAUGGGCAGUACAAAAAUGGGACAUUGUGAUGUACUUGAAACGUUUCCUCAAGCAACAGCUAACUCUAACUGUAAAUCUGAUCUGAAUGAGCUUGAUCAUUUUGUGGAGAUUCUGGUUGAAUCUUGAGACAAAGGGUGAAGGAGACAUCCUUUGAAGAAGCCAGUUCUUGAGUAGUGAAAAUCCCAAAUAGUUUGUUCAUUCAAAGCUGCAAAUAAUCUUCCAAAAAAACCCCAUCUGAAACCCACUUCUUUUGCAAAAUUUUGUUAAUGUAUAAAAUUAAUAUGCAAUUACAUUAUUUUCAGUAGCAACAAUUCAGAUGUAUAUUCUAGGCAAACCUACAAGCUGCCAUGAACCCAGUAGGUAUUCCAGUUUUGGGGUUGUUGGGUUUUUUUUUUCCUUUUCUUUUCUUUUCUUUUCUUUAACACCACUAUCUGCCUCAGUGCCAUGUCCCAAAUUGCUUUGGAAAGUCCCUGGUGUUUCAACAGAGGCAUGAUAUAUUAAAGGAUCCAUGGGUACAUAGGUUUAUUCAUUUUGCCCAUACAUCUUCCCCUUGGCUCCCAACAAUUAAAAAUACAUUGAUUUCCUAAUCCUUUCUAACAUUAAGGGAUCUAUCCUGGUUGUAGCAGGAUUCUUCCCUUGGCAAUUAAAUUUCUACCUGCAGGCUACAAAUACUAAAUGGACUCCAGUACUUAAUGUACAAACAGUGACUAUAAAAUUCUCAUCCUAGGCCUGUUACAGACUGCCAAAAUAAAGCUGCUUUGGGUCUCUUUGGAGGUAUGCUAUUUAAAUGAUGCAUGGGUCCUAAGAGUCAGG